ACCCAGAACGGACCUGGGAGGCUGUAUAUCUGCAUGGUAGCAUCAAUCCCUCGGCUGAGGCUGUUGGUCAGUUCGGUUUCUACGUCGCUGGCCCGCGGGCCUCCUGGACGGAGAUGAGCUAUCGAGUCAUAUUCGAGCGAGGAUGGGAAUGGGCUAAAGGUGGGAAGCUUCCUGGCAUCUCUGGCGGCGUAGGUCGACAGAAGACAGAAGUCCAUGUUGUGAUGCAAGGCUUAUUUGGAGGCCUAGUGGUGCCGGGGAUGUUUAAUACCGAUUCCCCGUUGGCUGAGAGCAACGAAGCAGGGCUUUUACGCGUUCGUGGAUCUAGGAAGAACGCCGAUUAUAGAAUCUCCGUAGGGCGAGGCGCGUUUACCUGGCCGGUGGGAAGAUGGGUCGACGUCGCGCUCCGAAUGAAAUUGAAUGAUGUAGACAAGGAGGACGGUCAGUAUUCUGGCUAUGUAUAAUGUUUUCUGACAUGAUAUUAGGCGAGCUUGAACUCUAUAUUAACGGUAAAGCUGUCGUCUCCGUUUACGGGCUGG